AUAGGAAAUAAUGUAAAUGCAGAUAAUCCGCUCCAGCCACCUGAAAACUUUACCAAUAUUACUAAUUUCCAACACAAAAAAAUAAAAAAUGUAAUAAAUAGACAUUAAACCUCACUUAAUUUAUGAUUCCUCUUGCUUAAAAACCCAAUUGAAAGCGCCUCCCUUUUCCUCUUGCUGUCAUCCUUGGUAACAUUAUUGAGCCUCAGGAGGUUCCUUGGCGCCCCCUGUUGGUCAGACCUCCCAAUAUCGCUCGGUUCCCCAUACAAACUUACUGCGAACAAAAUGGCCACCAGAACCAGGAAGAAACUCGUGCCUCCGGAAGUCCAGUGCAUCCUCACCGUGCUGGACGAGUGCGUGCAUAAGAUAGACGUGAUAUCGGUUCUUCCGUGUGAGCUCAUGCACCCCAGGAGCAUCCCUGAAGAGCUUGGGGACACAGCGGUCGAGUCGCUUAGGAAUCACCUGCGACUAACCCGGGAGCUCUGCUCACUGCAGGACACAGACGCAGCGAAAGACAAGUCGAUGGCGAGCGGUGUGCAGGACUCGUUAAGGGACUUUCUGCGCCAUCUGAGGCCUCACAUAGGGGAAGAGUCAGUGAAGACGGCACUACAAGGGGCCGGGCCAAUCGUGGAAGAGGAUAGGGAGGCUGUGCAGGCGCUGCAGGCGGGGCUACAGGAGUUCAGAGACGUGCUAAUGGAGCGCCUGAUGGUCUCGUCCCGAGAGGAGCGGGAACGCAGGAGGCUCGGCGAGGACGUGAGAGAGAGACAGCAGCGUAACGUGAAGCUCCUCAACAGGGUGGAGCAGGAAGUGAGAGCGGCGACUAAACACCGAGACGAUGUGAUCGGUAAGAAGGAGGAAGCAAUCCGGCGUAUAAAAGUUUCCCUCCAUCAGAUGGAGAGAGAGUGGGAGGAGUUUGUGCAGUCGAUGCAGAAGAAGGCGGAGCAGCAGCACCAAUCAGAUCUGAGGAACUCUGAGGUGAAGCAGCUUCGCCUCCGGGAGGAAGCCAAUCAGCUGCGAGCUCAGCUCGAAAACCUGGUAGCGCAGAACAGGGAGAGAAAGACGACCCUGAGAACGAGGAACAGCAAGCUGGAGACCGAGAUCGAAAACUGGAUUCAGAAGUACGACACGGAGAUGGGAGGGAAACAGGAGAAGCUGGAGCGUCUGACGCGGGCGUACGAGGAGGAGCGGGCGGAGCUGCAGCAGCUGCAGGAGCACUUCAGCGUGCUGGAGCUCGAGUACUCGCAGAUCGUAGAGGAGCAACGGAGAGAGUGCGAGCGACGGGAGGAGGAGGAACGAGACAGGGAGACCAAGAGCCGAGCGGCCGUCGUCAUCCAGGCGUUCUGGAGAGGAUGGAGAGUCCGCAACGCCAUGAAGAAGAAAAGCAAGGGCAAGAAGGGCAAGAAGGGCAAAAGCAAGAAGGGGAAGUGAAGAAGACGACGUUUAUUACACCGCUUGAGCUCUGCGGUCUGAUUGGCCCGAAGGGAUUCUUUAGGUCACAUGACAAGCUGUGUCAAUUAUUAAUAAUUAUCAAUUAUGAAAGAGUGUGAAGAGCUAAACACAGUGUGUGUCUCUACAUUUACAGCUUGAUUACAGUAUGAAGUGUGUGACGUUGUGUGUAAUCAGAAGAAAACUGAUUAAGAAAAAAAAACAUAGGCUGAUGGGAUUAGUCACAUGAUCAGCAGCAAGGAUGCACAGUGAUGAUGUCACAACUAUAACCAACAAUCAUAUAGUUUAAAGUAGAAACCAGACUGAGUGAAUAAUGAGCAUUUUUAUUUGAAAAAAUAAUCUUUUAAAUGUAAUACAUAAUGUUUAUGAUGAUGUAGAAUUCACAGUAUGAUAUAGACGUUCCUUUAUUGAUUUGUCAAAUAAACAAUUAUGUACAACAUCUCGAGAAAAA